AAAAGUCCACUUCACCCACUUCUGUUUGAGAUCACACAACAUGGAGCUCUUAUUUGGGACUUUUCUGUUUUUGGCGGCUACCUCGCACAACACCAAUAAUGCUCAGCCAGAAAAGCUAUGGAUCUCUGCCAAAACACAAGAAAACGUCACGCUGUGCUGCGCUGUUCAGGACCCUUGGGAGGAAUCAUCGAUGGUCAGCUGGUACCGACUAGUGUCGGGCCAAAGAGUGCAGCACGUGGUCAACUACAUUCGGCAGGUUCGCAGAGUGGGACGGUACAGCGGAGAGCUGCAUUUCUCAAAUGGAACAUUUGCUUUAAACAUACAAAAUGUGGAGAGGGGUGAUUCGGGCUCGUAUUUCUGUGUCGUCCGAGCAGCGCAAGAUAUUAAGGCUGCAGCCAGUUCAGUGCUAGAGGUUAAAGAUGUCUUGGUAACGGCGACUUUGCAGAUUUUUGCUCCAGUCCAUGAUGUCAAUGACUUGAAGACCACAUCGUCGCUCAAGGUUUAUUGUGUUCUGAGACACUCUUCUCCAUCCUGGAGCCUUUUUGAGUGGAUAGUUGACAAUAUUACUACUCAAGUAAAUGGAGUGGAGAUGAUCACCACUGAUGGGUCACAUUUAGCUUUUAGUCACUUCAGGAUAAGUCAGAAGGAGUGGGAGAAAAGUGAUGUCACAUGUUUGGUUCGGAACAGUGGAGAAUCACUCAAAGCCUGUCUACCCAAACCCUUCACUGGAGAUGGAUGGAAGGCCUGGAGAGUAGGCUGUACAUCUAUUCUGUAUUAUGGAAUGCCUGUGCUCAAUAUUGUAUUAUUACUGGCUGUGAUUGUGGCUUUCUACUACAAAAAGAAGCUUAUAGCAGGAUCUUCUCAGAAUAUAUACAUAGUUGGCCAGCAUGAGACAGAAUACUCAUCUGUGAAGUUUACAAAAUCAAGCAGAUAACACAAUGUUUGGAACACUCAAAGAAAACUCACCUUUGAAAACAACAUAACCGAUAACCACAUCAAAAUUUAAAAAGUAAAAUAAAUCAUGGUUACAGUAAAACUGAUUCAUAUAACUGGGCAGUGUAAAGGGUACACAGUUUUUAAAUGCUUACUUAGAGAGUGUGGAACAAGGGUUUUUUUUAAAUGAUCCAUUUGCAAAUAUAUAUUAAAACAUUAAAAUGGUGUUAUGGUGUUAUGUGAUGAGGGUGUACAGUAUACAAUAUUAGUGUACAAAUAUUUUGGUGAAUUGUAUUCUGCGCAAUAUUCAGCCUCCACUGUACUUAGUAUAACGUUAAUAAUAAAGACAGACAAUCAUG